CCUGUGGUACUUCCGCUGUUCUUUGAACAGUGGGCUCAUCACUAUCCCGCUCUCCGCCAUGUUGUCCAGAGCGCUUAUGCAACUUGGCCGAAUUUCGGCCGCAAGUGUUCGCUCUUCAGCGCAGACAGCAAGAAACAGUGGUUGGGUCUGUAAAAGGAACCUUCAUCGGUCGGUCCCUGUGUUAUCUGACAAACUGUUUGUUCAUCGCGACACAGAUGGCAACAAUCCUGACUUACCCUUUGAGUUCAAUGAGGCAAACCUAAAGAGAGCCAAGUCUAUUUUAAAUAACUACCCCACAGGCCAUGAGAAGGCUGCAGUCAUCCCACUAUUAGACCUGGCACAGAGACAGCAUGAUGGCUGGCUUCCCAUAUCUGCCAUGAACUAUGUGGCAGAUUUCCUUAACAUGCCAAGAAUGCGAGUCUAUGAAGUGGCCACUUUUUAUACUAUGUUCAAUAGAGAACCUGUUGGCAAAUACCAUGUUCAAGUUUGUACCACCACUCCCUGCCAGCUUAGAAAUGCAGAUGAUUUAUUAGAUACAUUGAAAAGCAAACUGGGUAUCAAAGAAGGCGAGACAAGUAAAGAUGGAAUGUUCACACUAACAGUUGUUGAGUGCCUAGGGGCGUGUGUUAAUGCUCCCAUGAUGCAAAUUAAUGACAACUAUUAUGAGGACCUGAGUAUGAAGGAUGCAGAAGAAAUUAUUGAUGAUCUUAUCGCUGGAAGAACACCCAAGCCUGGACCAAGGAGUGGGCGGUUCUCGUGUGAGCCUGCUGGGGGUCUUACAAGCCUUACCGAGCCCCCCAAGGGACCAGGAUUUGGAGUGCGCAGUGACCUGUGAUAUGUUGGGCUCUCAAGGGCAAAAGUAUACCAUAAAGAGGACAGUAUGGAUUCACAAAUAACAAGUCAAUGUUUUAAUAAGCAUUGUUUAAGAUCUACCCUGUAAAAUACCGUAACAAACUCUUAUUCAACAGAAAUCAAACUUUUUUUUCUGCCAGAAGGAUUGAGUGAGCUUGUACAUUCUUAUUGCUAAUUGUGAAAAUAAAAACAUUAUAUUAAAA